AUGCUGGGCAAGUUUCGGUCCGCUAUAGUAGAUAAUGCAAUCAUCUACGGCACAUAUCUUGUCAUCUUUAUAUGUGUUAUGAUUUAUCUUUUCGUCAAAAGAACAAUAUCCUUUAACUUCUCCGCUUUGAAGCUCCUUUUAAUCACAACGAGCAAUACGUGGGGCCUGUUUCUUGUAAUUCUCUUCUUGGGAUACGGACUUGUCGAAGUUCCAAGAUCAAUUUAUCGCUUCGCUUGUCCAGAUAACCGUUUACGGUUUGCUUAUUUCACUUUGAGUAAACGAUACCUUGAGUAUAUUGAAGAUGAAGAAGAGUUGAAAACUGUUCUUGCAGAAAUUCAUGAUCUGGAUCAACACAUUGGACCCGAUCAUCCUCUUCGGUCGCGAAUAAACACUAUAGUAGUGGCCGUAGGAGAAAUUGGUGCUGCAGUGCGUCAGAAUCGUCGUGGCAACCUCGCGGAGAACGGCGGAGCAAGUGUCAGCAGCAUCGCGCGCUCUCUAACCUUAAAACGUCUUGUGCAACUUCACAAACGCCUCAAGCGAGCCUACCAUCACUGCAGUCGCGCUCGAGCUCUCUGGAUUGUGGCCCUGCAAAGCGCUGCUGACGCUGAGGAUGUUUUCAACAACUCUAUUGCUGGCAGUAUGCUCUGUCGGCUUGUCCCUUCUCUCUGCGUCAAUUUCCUUUGCUUGGCCCAUCUGGAUAGCCAUGUUCUUCAGAACACCACUCUACUCUCCGCAAUCGCAUCCAACUUUACGACUUCAGGUCUCCCUCUUGAAAGUCUCGUGACCGGGUCAGUAGUCUACGAGACAGCCUUCACUAAAUUCAUGGGCCAUUUGGAUGUUGUUCCCUUCAUCGCGAAUGGCUUUAACGUCUACUUCCCGAUGGUGGUUGUCGUCCUUUGUUUGGUGACUUUCUUCAGUCUGGGAAGUCGAUUACUGGCAUGGUUUGGUAUGCCCCAACUCCUGGGACCGAGUUUCCUUGAUAAGCGAAGUCGAUCGGUGGGAGAAGCGUCUCCUGUUGAAGACGCCAUCGAGGAUGGGCGGAUGCUGCUCUAUCGAGAACGCACUCUGGGGCGAGCUCGACGACGAAACCGAGGUGAAGACGACGGCGGUGCCACUGAUAUCGCUUCUCUUCGAGGUGUGCUUCAAAAUCGAAACACUGCGAUCGCCGCCACACUUCCAAGUGUCGAGAGUCAAGACGAUAUGAGAAUCGGUCAAACCUUCGGUCCAGAUCAGCCGAUAGUGGAGUUUUCGGAGGAGAAAAUGAAUGCCAUGUUCGAAUUCAACUUGCCGGGACGUCAAGGUGGUUCCACUUCUAGAAAUGAAUACACCACACUAGAAGGCAGUGGAGAAAGCCGACCCCUAGUAUCAAAAGUUGUUUCAUCUAUAAAUAGAUUAUUCCAACCCCGUUGA